CAGGAAAUAAGAAUCAGAGAGCGAAGCAUCUUCUACACAGGCGUUGACUUGGCAGCAUGAAGGGCGGAGCGCUGCGGCUGCCGCAGCUGGCGCUGUUGGCCCUGCAGGUUUCCUUCGUGCUAAGCCGAAUCGCGUUCGAGAAACUUACGGACGUUGACUUCACGGGCACGGCGUACUACACGGUGCGCAACCUGUCCCUUUACGAGUGCCAGGGCUGGUGUCGGGAGGAGCCCGACUGUCUCGCCGCGUCCUUCAGCUUCGUACUAAACCCCCUGACGCCUGUACAAGAGACUCGUUGUUUGCUGCAGAAUGACACUCAAGCAAAUAACCCAAUGGCCACUCCGCAGCGUUCAGUGAACACGUACUACAUGGUGAAGCUGCAAGUCCGAACAGAGAGCGUGUGCCUGCGCCCCUGGGCCUUCGAACGAGUGCCGGGCAAGUCGCUGCGGGGUCUCGACAACACUAUCAUCUACACCUCCACCAAAGAGGCCUGCCUCGCGGCUUGUCUCAACGAGAAACGGUUCCCGUGCCGAUCGGCGGAGUACGAGUACGGAAGCAUGCGGUGUGCUCUGAGCGACUCAGACCGUCGCACAGCACAGCACUUCGUUCAGUUAGUCGACACUCCUGGAACGGAUUAUUUUGAGAACCUGUGCCUGAAGGCGUCGCAGGCGUGCAAGGGACAGCGGGUGUUCACCGCGCCGCGCGUGGGCGUGGCAGAGGACAAGGUGGCGCAGUAUGCCGGCCUGCACUAUUACACUGACAAGGAAUUGCAGGUGACGUCGGAAGCCGCGUGCCGGCUGGCGUGCGACAUCGAGUCGGAGUUUCUGUGCCGCUCGUUCCUGUACCUGGGCGCGCCGCACUCGGCCGCCUACAACUGCCGCCUGUACCACCUGGACCACCACACGCUGCCCGACGGCCCCUCGGCUUACCUAAACGCCGAGCGACCACUCAUUGACGAUGGCGAACCCAUCGGGAAAUACUUCGAAAACUUUUGUGAAAAGCCACCCAGCACCAGUAAUGGAGAGCUGCCGGUAACAAUCGAGCACCAGCAGGACACUAACCCUUCCAGCAACUUGACACGAAACGACGCUAACUGUGACAAGACUGGCACUUGUUACGAUGUGUCGGUACUGUGCAAGGACACGCGAAUCGCGGUGCAGGUCAGAACGAACAAGCCGUUCAACGGGCGCAUCUACGCGCUCGGCCGCUCGGAGACGUGCAACAUCGACGUGGUCAACAGCGACCUCUUCCGUCUCGACCUCACCAUGGCCGGCCAGGACUGCAACACGCAGAGCGUCACCGGAGUGUACUCCAAUACUGUCGUCCUUCAGCAUCACAGUGUCGUAAUGACCAAGGCGGAUAAGAUCUACAAAGUCAAGUGCACGUACGACAUGAGCUCCAAGAAUAUUACCUUUGGAAUGGUGCCCAUCAGGGAUCCGGAGAUGAUCUCCAUCACCGCGGCGCCCGAGGCCCCGCCCCCACGUAUCCGCAUCCUCGACGCGCGCCAGCGCGAGGUCGAGACCGUCCGCAUUGGAGACCGCCUCACCUUCCGCAUCGAAAUUCCCGAAGACACUCCGUAUGGCAUCUUCGCCCGCAGCUGUGUGGCGAUGGCCAAGGACUCGAAGAGUACUUUCCAGAUUAUUGACGAUGAAGGAUGCCCCGUUGACCCUGGCAUCUUCCCGGCUUUCACUCCCGAUGGCAACGCUCUUCAGUCCGUGUACGAAGCAUUCCGGUUCACCGAGUCUUAUGGAGUCAUCUUCCAGUGCAAUGUUAAAUACUGCCUUGGACCUUGUGAACCAGCGGUGUGCGAAUGGGGCAGAGAAUCUUUGGAAUCAUGGGGCAGGAAGAAACGUUCUUUGCCUCACAAUGAAACCGGGGAAGCCCGCAGCCAAGAAGAAGACAUGAACAUUUCUCAGGAAAUCCUUGUACUUGAUUUCGGAGAUGAAAGACAGAGCACAGAUUUCCUGCGUUCCGAUAAGCCCGGUGGUACUGCGUCGGAGACCAGUUUUGGUGAGAAAACCGUGACGAUAGUGGAGCCGUGCCCGAGCAAGGGCUCGGUGCUGCUGCUGGGCGUGGCGUGCGCGCUGCUCGUGCUGCUGUACAUCGCCACCGUCUUCUGCUACUACAUGCGCAAGUGGCUCGCGCCGCCCAAGCACCUCUCGUAGGCACGCGCAACAGCCUUCAUAUGCGACCCGACAUCCGUUUGCUUCAUCGAGGCACAUGUGAUACAAAUGACUGACAAAAUCGACAUAAAUUAUAAAUACUAAAUAACUGUAAUCAGGUCGUAAUUCCGUCCACCUCGAUGCGCACCGUUGUACGCAGUAUUUUGUACUUAACCACCGCGCCUUCUGCAUUUACCUUAGAGGUAACUUAUUGCAUUUAUAAGCAUUUAUUAAAUAAUAAGUAAGUAGUUUAACGAGUAGUUAUACAAUGAAGUACCUAUUAUGGGUGGUUACACCGACAAAUUAUAGAGGCAGCAAUUUCAUGCUACACUUAGAUUAAGGUAUAUGCCUAUACAUAAAAUUAGUGAUUUUAGCAAUGCAUUUAUUAAUUUAAGUAUUUGAUACUUUUUUAAACAAUUGACCAGUGUUUGUACAAUUUUGAAUAUUAAGGCGGAAACAAAGUUUUAAAUUAUAGAUCUUUGGAAUAAUCCCUGAGAAUAAUAGAAAUAAAUAAGUCUAGUAAUUAGUUUAUUUUUCACAGAUUCAAGGGGACUAUUCUGAAUUUGAUAACUCUUAGUAGAUUGUUGUAUUCUUGACAUUUUAGCGUAAUUAUUUUUUAGAAUUUAUCGAUUAGGUUUAUUUAUAUAAAAGUAGUGUAAAGUAUGAUAACAAAUAGCAAAUUAGCUUGGGGGUGUCCGGUGUUGGUGAUGGGCGUCCCCGGGAUCCUCCUAGCACAGGUGGCCGUGGAGCGGGCGCGCCCGGGUCGACAGUACCGUGUCGUGUCGUGUGUGUAGCUACGCGUUGUAUGUAAAUACGCCGUUGCCGCGGAGGCAGCGGAUUACUAUCCACGAACUUUCAGUUGGGUUUCGAUGAAAUGAGCUAAGACGCAACAGUUACGAGUACCAAUGUACAUGCCUUCCGGAAGUCGUCGACUUGUCGUUUCUCCUAACCCAACUUGAGACUUCAUCUUUUAUUUAUUUAGGUUAAAUCAAUUGACUUAUUUAUUUUUUCAUUAUUUAACAAAUGAAAUAAACUUGUAGAAACUUA